AUGCUAGUGAAACUUGCUAUAAAUCUCACCAUACAUAUCAACCUAUACUGGUUGGAACUCUUGGCUACCGCCAACCCAAACUUGCACAGUUUGUUCAUCAACAACCACAGCUUGGUGUGCAACGUGGCACCGGGCACCAUUAGGAAAGUUUUCAGAGCGUGUCCCAAACUCUCAGCCCUGGGGGUUUACUACACCAGUUUGUCUGACGACGUGUUUCAGGAACUGCUCAAGCCCGAAAGAGCAGCUUUCACCCACUUAGACAUUUUCUGUGAGCGCCUGGACAAGUACAUACCGGUUAUCUCAGAAGAGCUCUGGGCUGCUGUAAGUCAAAAGCAUCCUCGACUCCGUGUAGACCUAGAGUUUGAUCAUACAGUCCCUGCCUGCAAAAUCCCACUGAUCCUAAAGCUGAAUAUACCUGUGAGCACCCUGCAACUCAAUACCCAUAAUUACAUGGUAAAUCAGAUUAGGUUCAUCACCCAGAGCUACAGCGGUACUUUAAAGAAGCUGAUGCUGCAAACCACAUCCUCAGAGGACUUAAAUUCCUCGCUCGUCGAUCUGGCCAAGCAGUGCAGAAAUCUGUUGGAGAUCCACUGCUACUGUGUGGUCAGCCAGGAGGUGGUAGAAGCGUUCCUCACCCACUGCCCCAGCCUGAAACUAUACACUCUGAAGGUCACCAAGGAACGGCACCCCUGGAAACCAGCUCCUGCUGACUUCCUGGGGGAAUCGUAG